UCUUCUUCUUUUUUUCAGGUUGUGGGUGCACCACAUUCUUCAUCACAGAUUGCUAAUUCGUCUAAUAGUUCAGACUUGCAAUUCAGCUUAAAGUCUGGAUACAGUCAGUCAAGCUCCAAACCAACAAGUACUGAUGGCCAGCCAUGUUUCUCACCUUCAAGAAAAAGGAUAAACCCCUCUUCAGACUCUUCAUCUCAGUCUGCUUCACAGGUACAGUCUGCGUCUUCAUCUAAUGCCUCAUUGGUCUCAAAGACUACGGACACUGACCUUCAUGCCCAGACAGCUUCAAAAGCUGAGUCGAUUCAGAGCCAUGACACCCAUGCAGUGGCUGGCAUGUCAGAUUUUCAGGGCAACAACAGUCAUGUUGGUGAUGGUCACAUAAGUCCACGCAGGUUAAAGGAGGAGUUCAGGUGCAGUGAAGGAGAAAGCAAAGAGUCAAAGCCAUCACACUUAGGCAAGUUUGGCUCUGGAGAUGGACGGAGUGAGGACCGGAAUAGGGUUUUAGAGUGGCCAGACUUUUUUUCAACUGUGAAAGACAGGGACCGAUACAAGCACUAUAGGGAAUACAACGAAAGAAGCCGGAGCCGCUAUGGUCAUAGCUAUCGAGAGAGUCAUCCCUUUAGAGAGCGUUCCACCAGUAGAGACCGGCAUCACAGAGAUCGUGAAGGGGAGAGACACUGGGACAGAUUCUCACACCACCGUCGAGAGCACCGCCAUUCCCAAAGAAGACCCAGAGAGGAACGUGACCAGAGUAGGGAUAGGAGAUUUGUGAGUGAUGCUUAUCGUCCUUCUGGACACCAUAACCGGGAUGGAUAUUCCAGUCACAGCCAUCGUGGGGUGGAUGGUGGCUGUGGAAGGACGUCCCAUACAGUGAACGGUGCUAAAGUGAGACCCUCAUCUCCACAUUCUAUCAGCCCACUGCCUGGACAUUACAAACGGAAACGCGGUCCAUCGGCUGAUGCAAGACAAAGCUCUGAUGAGUGCCGAGUGAAGAAAUCCAAAAAGAAAAAGAGAAACAAAGAAAAGCACAGGCACUCAGAGAAGGACCCAUCUGAGGGCAAUGAGGAUAGCAGCUCGAAGAGACAUAAGAAGAAGAAAAAAAAGAAAAAGAAGGGGAGAGAGGAUGAGGAAAGGCCUCACACUAGGAGAGACGUCACUCCGAGGCGGGAAGAGCAUGAUUCUAGAGCUAGGAAUGGUACAGAGAGAGGAAGUCAGCACCACAUCUCUGAGUCUCGUCACAAUGUCCACCGAGACCAUAUGGAGGACCAGCAACAGCUCAAUGGACACAAAGCUAAUGGCCUGAGCUGUUACAGUGGAAAUGAACUUGAUCUUUGUCAUACUGGGAUGGAGAAAGACAUGAAAUACAAAUAUUUUGACCACUCUACCACUGUCAACAGCACAAAGACACUCUCAAAUGGAAAUGGAGAUGUGGACGGUGUCUAUCACAGGACCCUUUCAGAUGUUGAAAAAAUCACUCAUCCUCACUAAAGGGAAACUGAUUUCUUGAUCACACCUAAGACUCUGAAAAUCACCCAUGCAAGCAUGUGAAAGACAAAAUCUACAGCUACAGUUCCUGACAUGGUGCUUAACAUUUAGAACAUACUGUAUUUUUAUCACGAGAUGAAUUUUAAAGUUGCUUUAUUUUGUCUUUUGUUUUUCUUUAUUUUUAAGGUUAUGGAUUUUUUAGUACACUGUACAUAAAUGAACUUUGAUCAUGAAAAAAAUUAUAUAUAAAGUUAAUAUAUGCGAUUACAAAAAGCCUGGAGCUUAACAUCAGAAUUGCUGCUCAGACAUAUAGACUCAGGAUUUUCUCACUUGUGAAGAUGAAACAAGCGCUCCCUUUAAGGAAUCAAACCUGGGAAAGACGAGAACAUUUAUAUGCUGCAUCGGCAGAGAAAGACUGCUUGUCUCUUGGCUUCAAGUUAUGAUGUCACCAUUUUCACAUAUUGGUUGAGAGAACUGUCUCAAAGGAGCAGCCUUUGCUAAUGCUAUACGUGCACUUACGUCACAGUUAACCUGGACACACUUGAGGACAUAAGAUGUUUGCUUUGCUGUCUCUUGUACCUCUCUUUUUUAGCAUCUCACUGUAUCAGACCUUUCUAGAAUACAAGUUCAUUGCAUCUUUUUUGUUUUUAAUUCUCACUGUUUAUUUUUCUUGAAUCCGCUUUGAUUUCAGUCAAGAUAAUACUGUGAAUUUAAGUUGAACUGUACUAUCAGUUGUUUGUUUUUGGUCCUGUAUCAGGAGGUUCAGUAGAGACACUUUCAGUAAAGCCACUCGUAAUGUAGACCAUGUUCUCUGAACAUUUCUCAACUUUUUUGUUCUUCAGCAAAACGAAAGAGACGUGAAAAUGGUUAUAUUCAACUUCAUUUUACUGUAGCAUGUCAAAUUAAAUGUAUACAGUGUACAAUAUGUUGAGUGAGAGGAAACGGCCUUAAUGUCUGAAAUUUUAAUAUUUUCUCUCACUGUGUUUACAGUGUUUUGUUGGAGUGAAUGAACAUGUAUGUGAUGAUGGGAAGUGUUUGGUUUUGUAAAGGGUGGGGUUUCCUUUUUACAUAUAAAGAAUGACUUGUGAGAUA